GCACUAGCCCCGCAGAUAUCGCCACCGAAGCUGUACCUUUUUGCAGGCCCUCAACGCUUGUCGGCGACAAUUGUGCGGACAAACAUCGAUGAACCAGCUAAAUUUGUCCGUAUCCAAUCAAGGCUUUUCUACUAUGCGAUCUCAUAUCCCGAGUUCGGCCGAGGGGACUCGGAAGAGGUCCAUCUCAGCCAGAAGCUCUGGGAUCUAAACUUCUGUCCUGAAGGCCUGACAGCGACAUCUUGACUCGGAUGGCGACGUUGACAGGUAGUGCUACCAGUGCAGCCUGAGCACCACCUGCAGACGACUCCGAGUCCCGAACCCUACAAGCGCUGAUCAUCUCUUUCGUACACACAUCUCAAUGGCUACCUCGCCAAUUCCUGUUCUCAUUGCAGGUGCAGGGCCCACGGGACUCGUCCUGGGGCUGACGCUCCUUCAGAACGGCAUUCCAGUCCGCAUAAUUGACAAGGACGCAAAUCGCCACCCUGGCCAACGCGGUGCCGGCUUGCAGCCACGGACACUAGAACUGUUCCACUUCCUCGGGGUCAUCGACGAUGUGCUCGCAAAGGCAUUGUUCAUCCAACCGAGGCGCGAAUACAAACUCCCAGGUGGGACAGAGGUACUCAAGACAUUAACGUUGGUUACAAUUGAGGAGCCAACGCCUUCAACCCCCCACAUCAAUGGGAGGCUGCUAGGCCAAUACAACACGGAGGCGAUCCUCCGUUCGCACAUUGAGCGCCUCGGCGGCACGGUGGAAUACGGCACUGAGCUACGUGGCUUCGUGCAGCACCCUGACCGCGUCGAAGCGGUGCUUGCCACCAAGGACGGCGAAGCGGAGAAGACGGAGACCGUGGUCGCCCGCUGGCUUGUGGGCUCGGACGGGGCACGAGGCGUCGUCCGCAAGCAACUCGGCUUGUCCUUCCUCGGUGAGACUCGUACAGAAGGCCAGUUCUUGAUCGGUCUGGUCGAGAUCCAGGGACUUGUAACCGAGUACUGGCAUCAGUGGGGCGAUCUGGGCCGUGGCGGUCUGGUAAUAAUGCCUACGGAAAGGCCCGGCUGGUUCAGCUUCAUCUUAUCUGGGGCCGCGGAUGAGGAGAAGCUGCUGGUAGACAGGGAUGCACUCGUGGACGUAUUCCACAAGCGGGUCGAACGGAAGGAUCUGGUGUUCGGGCAAGUCGAGGCGGUCUCGUUGUACAGACCGAACAUCCGCAUGGUGGACAAGUUCGGCGAGGGCCGGGUCUUCGUUGCUGGAGAUGCGGCGCACGUUCACAGUCCUGCCGGUGGUCAGGGCUUAAACUCCAGUGUCCAGGAUGCCUUCAACCUCGCAUGGAAGCUCAGCCUCGUCGAGAAGGGCAUCGCCUUGCCCUCCCUGCUCGGCACAUACACCGAGGAGCGCCUCCCCGUCAUCGCUGUGAUGCUGCAGAAGAGCACGAAGCUCCUGGACGCGAUGAACAAGAACGCCGAGGAGGGCUGGAAGCGCGGCGGCGACCUAAGGAUGCUCGGCGUCAACCACCGCUGGAGCUCGAUCGUCGUCGACGAGCGCACGCCCAAGGCGGAGUCGCCCGAGAGCGUCAACCCAUACGGCUCGGGGAAUGACGGUGAGCUCAGGGCAGGCGACCGUGCACCAGACGCGCCGGGCCUCGUAUCGGUGCGUGGAGGGGCGGACGGCGCGACGUCGCUGUUCAAUGUAUUCCGGCCUACGCAUCAUACGGUGAUGUCGUUCAAUCUGCCCGCGGAGGAGACGGAGCAGCUUCUGCAAGCGGUGCAAAAGUACCCGGCUGGAUCCGUCAAGACGGUACUGGUCUUCCCACAGGGCACGUCCGACCCGCAGGUCGCUGGACAACCCGACCUUGCGGUGGUCGACAAGGACGGUCAUGCAUACGCAGGAUACUUGGUCACCCCGGAGAAGCCGACUGUUGCUAUUGUGCGUCCGGACGGAGUCGUCGGAGGGAUUGUGUACGACUUGAGCGGCUUCGAGAAGUACUUCCGAGGCGUUUUCUCUGCGGUGAUUGGUGAUGCGUUGUGAUAGUACCCGCGCCCAUGGUUUCGAAUUUCGGUGACAUGUACCAGUACCAGUAGCAAAUGCUAAUCACGAGUCUCUCGCCACUCA